AUGACAACUCUACCCCUCAAAGUAAAGGUUGCAAUCCGUGACCACUGGACCAAGGAAGACAGCUACCUCCAGCAAUCUCUCAAGAGCCUCCGAGACGUCCUCGGCCUCGACGUCGACGUCACCCCGGACUGGCAGAUCCUCCUCACCCAGCUUGACGCAGAGUACGCAGACAAGGGCGACUUCGCGGCCGCCGUGGCCGGCACCGUCGAAGCAUGGUGCCGCGCCGCGACGGAGCUUCUCGAGGAUGAGAAGAAUGAGGAGUGGACCGACACCUUGCUGGACAAGCUGAAACUGACUUGGUCGAGAUUGCGGCUCUUUGUCGAAGUCGCCAGCGAUGAACAGGCCUCGACAGCAUGGUCCGACGACCGCGGCGGCUUCCUCGUCACCCUGCCCAAAUGCCAGCUCAUCACCCCCAUGGACCUUCACCCGCUCUUCAAGUCCGAGAUCAAGACCUGCUUCGCCGACCACCACAAGCAGCUCCCGCCCUACUCGGCCUCCCCGACGCAAGACUGGGCCGACCUGGAAGUGGACGCCCGCCUGAACCGCUUAUCCAUCGGCGGCCCAGUGGGCGGCGGCGGAACGGGCCACCUCCGCCAGCGCGCGUCCGUCAGCUCGACCGCCUCGCGACAGCCGCCAUACGCAGACUUCAUGCCCAAGGCCGACGCCCUGCCCCGCCCGGACGAGCUGCUCCAGAAGGCGCCGUACCAUCUCAUCGUGUACAGCCGCGGCGCGCACGAGAUUGAGAUCCAGGCAAGCCACAGCGCGACGCUCAAGUUUCUGGCGGAUUACUUUAAAAAGUGGAGGAGGACGAAUCAUCAGAUUAGCAGCAAGCCCCCGGCCGUCGAGGUGAAGCUGCACCAGUGCGCCUUUGGCAUGGGCGCCAGCAUCGACCGCCUGGUGCUGGUCUCGGAGCACAAGUACGGUGGCGCCUUCAUCCUCACGCCAACCAUCAUCCUCUCGCUCGUCGAGGGCGUGCUGGGUUACAAGCCAGUCUACUCUGACGCCCACUCGUGGACGUAUCGGCGGGAUACCGAGUUGAGGGCUUAG